AUGGAAUCGCAAUUUCUGUUGUUCUGCAUACUAUUUAGCAGCGUAUCCUCUGUACAAGACACCUCGCCGCUGAUCGAUUGUUUAACGGCCUGUUUAGACAGAAAUGGUGAUGUAGCAACAUUUACAAAUUUAAGCGUAGGUACCGAUUACCAAUUUCGGUUCUAUAAAAUAACGAAGGAUGGAAUUUCGCAUCCGGAAACAUCGAGCUCGUUUUCGACGUACCCAGUCGAUUACGUGCCGCUACCCGUGAAAAAUAUAUCAUUGUUUAAAGUAGAGGCAGAGACGGAAAAUAAGUGUUCUCUACGUACAGAUUUUACAUUCGAACCAGCAGAAGAUCGCAGUUGCAAUUACAACAUGUUAGUUUGGUCUGGAGAACACGAUUUGGUCGACUAUGAGUUGAAAAUGAUUACGGACUUUCGGUUCGAAGUAAAGCAAUUAUCGUUUAGUCGAACAAUCAGAAUAACGAUGUUUUCGGUUAACAGUGAUAAUACUAAAAUGAGUACUGACAGAUCAAUGACCAUGUACACGCCGACUUGUUUAAACUAUUAUAACAACGACUUAACCAUUUGCAGCCCGGAAGAUGUAAAAGGAUUGCAAGCGACGCACGCUUACCGUUAUGGAGAGUUGUACGAUCUUAACGUUACUUGGGAUAAGCCUGAAAAGAAUCCGGACAAUUACACGAUACACGUCGAUUUAGGAACGCAAAAUGAACCUCUAAUCGAAGUCAUACCUGGCUAUAAAACCACGACAUCCUUCUUAAGGGUAAAAUUAGGAUUCCAGUAUGAAGUAAGCAUUGUUGCUGAUUCGUUGGGAGGAACAAGCUAUCCAUCAACGAUCAUCAAUAAUCUCAGCGAUGAACACACAGCUAUAAGCACUUUCUAUCCUGUGCUUAUCGUCGGGGUAAUUAUGUUGUUCAUAAUUAUGGUGCUAGUUGGGACGAUUUAUUUGCAAUGCUAUAAACAAAGAAAGAGGCACUUUUCGAUAGAAAGCAGGCCGUUCAAAGGUCUCAACCCGAAGGAUUUACCCGAAGGAACUAUUACGAAAUUGCUGGACAAAGAUUACACGACUGACAUUAACAAUUAUCCGUUUAUACACGACAAAUUCGAAUUGCGUUCAAAAUUGUUAAAACUCUAUGGUGUUCUUGGUAGCGGAGCUUAUGGAAUUGUGAAACUAGGCUCCCUGCGUGAUGAAUUUGGAAACGUCAACAACGUGGCGGUGAAAAUGCUCAAAGACAACCAAAGCGCGGAAGAUGAACAAAAUUUCCAUAAAGAAAUAAUGAUCAUGAAAAUUGCCGGUCAACAUCCAAAUAUAGUAUCGUUGAUCGGCUGUUGUGUUUUGUAUAACAAACCAGUGCUGGUAGUGGAAUAUUGUUGCAAAGGAGAUCUACAAACCUAUUUAAGGACAAUCUGGCAAACUAUGGUAAACGUUGCCAUUAAUCAUAGAGAACGGUUCAAACGUGACGCAGAUUCAUUUAUUAUCGGUGGAAAAGAACGAAAUAAUCAAAGCAUUAAUGUAAUCGCGAAUCGUUUAUAUGAUGUUCAAGAAGAUGUAGCAGAAUGUACGGAAACUGUUACAGCAAACGACUUAUUAAACUUUACAAGACAAAUCACUAUAGGAAUGGAAUUCCUGUUUUCAAAUCGAAUAAUUCAUCGUGAUUUGGCAGCACGUAACAUAUUAGUGUGUGAGGACGGAGUUGUAAAAAUUUCAGACUUUGGCCUCAGCCGUGAUGUUUAUCAAGAAAAUUUGUACAGAAAAGAAGGUCGCGGCAAGUUACCUCUGCGGUGGAUGGCAAUCGAAGCAUUAACACAUCAACUUUACUCAACUUAUAGUGACGUGUGGUCUUUCGGUAUUUUAUUGUGGGAAAUUGUAACCAUGGGUGCUGUUCCAUACCCUGGUGUUUCAAAUAACGCAAUCUUGGGCCUUUUGAAAUCCGGUUAUAGGAUGGAACGGCCGCCAAGUUGUGGCGUAGAGUUAUAUAACAUUAUGUUGUCUUGCUGGACCGCACGGCCUCAGAGUAGACCUACGUUAACUCAAUUAAAACAAAGCGUGGAUAAAUUACUUUCCAAUUAUUCAGAUAAGUACCUGAACAUCCAUGAAAUUAUUCACGACGAUCAAUAUCAGAGUCGUGUGUUUGAAAUCUAA